AUGAUUUCCAUAUUGACGCUGAAGGCAGCUGAAACCAUCGUCGGUGUCAUAGUUCACACAGUCUCGGAAAAGCUUCGAAUAUUCGAAUGUUUUUGUUUCGCUCAAAAGAAGCUUCUAAGAAUCAGGACUGACAAAGGGAUAUGCAAAAGCUGGAUGAUCACGUUUUCAAUAAAGAAGAGAGAUUCCGAUGGUGUUUAUUAUGUGCACAUCAAAAAGGAAGAUGGAAGUAGGAAUAAGGAAGUCAUCCUUGGUAGCGACGGCGUAGUCAGAGUACGUGCUUCUAGCUUACUUGCGAAAAGAGCCCGCAGCACUCAACUU